CCCUAGGCUUGUGAUUUUCAGAAGUGACUAAUGGUAUUGGGUGUCCAAUGUGAGACACCUGUAUGGGGCCUGAUUUCCAGAAAAGGCUGAGCAUGUUCCACCUCCUUUACAAUGUCUUGGAUUAGGCUCAUAAAUAGUGAGGCUUGCUCCUGUUUUGCAAAUCUUCUAUAUUAACCGCUCUCUGCCUCAGUUAGCCCAUCUGUAACAUGGGGAUGAGGAUGAAUGGAGGAGGCAUGUGGGUAAAGCACUGGGAGAUACUUUACCACAGAGCAAGGCAAAGUUUCCCUUGGAAAGCAGUGGGUUCCGAGCAGGGGUGCACCCAGAAUUUUGCUAAGGAGAGGGCCAAGUUACUGGCCCAGCUACCCCAAAUCUGAGGGGCAGAGUGAUGCCCUGUGCUUGGUCACAAUACCACUCGCUUGCCUUUGGCCUGGCCACCCCUGCAGCCUACCAGCAGGAAUGGGGCUCAGCUGUUACAUCACCCAGCUGCUCGGGGGGCGUGGGCCCCCUUUUGCCCCUCCAGAGGGUCACUACUUCCAGGGGUUAGGGGUUGAGAGGGGAGCCCCCAGCCUGCGUGGCACGUGGCCGUGGGCCACUCACAGCCCUGGGUGGGACCGACAGGCCUGGGGCGCCUCCCCGCACGGACCGCCAGAGGGCAGACACUGCAGGGCGGGGAAGGAGGCGGAAGAGCCCCUCCCCUGCCCGCUGUCGCCGCGCGAUGACGCCAUCGGUCGGAGCCCGGUUACCAGGCAGCGCCCGCGCCGGUUCGGAUGGAGAUGGCGCCGGCGCAGCACCGGCUGGUGAAGGGGGUGACGACGCUGCAGGCCUAUGUCAGGGGUUAUCUUGUGAGGAAGAGGUUCCAAAGCUUACAGGAGGACUAUGAGAACAUGGUAAAGGAGAUUGAAGGGGAUUUGGGUCCGUUGCAAUGGAAAGGACGCUUCAUACCAAUGCCUGUCUUUCCUCAAAAGAAGCAGAUGAAAAUAAAGCGAUUAAUUGAUCAAGAGUCUGGAUCCAAAGACCAUAACAACACAGCUAAAGGGCAGCAAAAGCAUUGUCCUCUUGAGACACUAGAACCAGAGAAGGAUUGUGACUCUAGGAGUUGCAUGAAACCUGCAGCCCAGCUUCAAGAUGAGCAGAUGGUCUCAAGAGGUGAAAGCAAGAGAGUGAAGCAACAUUUAGAGUGUGAUGCAGAUAAAUCCACUGGACAGGACUGCAGCUUAUCAGGAGAGAAUACGGAAUGGAAGAACAGUAGCAAUGCAUCAUCUGUAUGGAGCAACACUGUUCCGGAGAUAGGAUCUACUGUAGCCAGUCAAGAGCUUCCAUUCAAGAGCAUAAAACAGGAGCUGCCUCAAACUCUUUCCGACCUUCAGUGCUAUCGAAAUCACUUGGCCAUGGAGCUGCUGUGGCUGCAACAAGCUAUUGUGAGCCGCAAGAAUUAUUUGAUCCUGAAACAAAGGCUGGGGACUCCUGAGCGAUAGGAAACUGUUUCAGGGGGAUGCGGAGUAUGCUCACCUUGUUGUGGAGGAGCAGCGUUCUCUGGGACUAGCUGGACUGUGUCCGAUCCACUGCAGGAGAGGAAUCAUCACGUGAGCUGCCUGGGAAAGCACUAGCUCCACUGUGGCAUAGACAUUUCUCAUGGUUAACUUGUGACUUCCACUGGGACUUUUAUUUGUCACAUUCAUCCGAAUAAGAGUUAGUUACAGUGAAGAGGUUUAUUUUUAAACUUGAAACCUUUUGGUGAAGUCACAUAUUCAAUAUCUGCCCCAUGCUAAGGAGGACAUUAUAUGUACUGAAGGGGUUAUUACCCAGCCCUCACCCAGAAGAACUCCAUUUCUGCUGACUGAGCCUGAGAGGGAAAUCGCAGCCAGACUGAUUUUUUUUUGUUUUAUGUACUUUUCUUUAAAAGAUUAGUUGAUAAUUUGUGGCUGAACUGAGUGGCAGGGAAGCAGCCUGGUGCUUUGAACAGCAGGAAUGGGCUCCCCUCCACAGAGCAGGAACGGCUUUUUGUUGUCAGCUUGCUGAGCCAUGUAUUUGGAAAGAGUCUGUUUCCCACAUACCAUAACUCUGUUCCCAUGACUUGGAGAUCCCAAAAUACUCGAUGGCCAAACCCUGCAGACUUCACUCCAGCAGAACGCCGGCUGAGCGAGAACCACAAGGUUUGGCCCAGUGUGUACAGAAUGUAUUAUAUAACCAGAUGUGUUUGCUAGUGGGCUUUGUUGACUGUUUUGUUCUAAUGAGCAACCCAUGAACAUCAGAAAGGGGACUUUUCCCCAUGGCACGGUUGAUCCCUAUCCCACACCCGUAACACUUUGUGAGUGCAGAUGCUCUGGGUUCUGUCUCUUUCCAUGUGCAGUCAUACACAUAUUUAAUGUACAGUCUGGAACCAUUCCAAUGAAAGCCUGUGUCAGUUCCUGAACAUACUCAUUUGUUCCUCAUUUUUGUUUUUGAAUAAAGUAUUGUCUCUCCCCA